UCUGUGUAUUGCUGAACCUUUGAAGACCAUCUAGGGGUUUGUGGGUGGUGAAUGAGUAUGUAUUUUAGGUGGAUUGACACCGCUUUUAUUCUAAAUAAUGUAUCUGUGGCCCUGGACAUGAAGUAAUCAGUCCUCUGUUGCUGCUGACAUAGGGUCAGGGACUGAUGAGGGAAGCAUGGACCUAAUGAACGGACAGGCAAGCAAUGUUAAUAUCCCAGCUACUGCUUCUGAGAAAAGUAGCAGCUCAGAAUCAUUAAGUGACAAAGGUUCUGAACUGAAGAAAAGCUUCGAUGCGGUGGUGUUUGAUGUUCUUAAGGUUACACCGGAAGAAUAUGCGGGUCAGAUAACACUAAUGGAUGUCCCAGUAUUUAAAGCUAUUCAACCAGAUGAGCUCUCAAGUUGUGGUUGGAAUAAAAAAGAAAAAUAUAGUUCUGCACCAAAUGCAGUUGCCUUCACAAGAAGAUUUAAUCAUGUGAGCUUUUGGGUUGUUAGAGAGAUUCUUCAUGCUCAAACAUUAAAAAUUAGAGCAGAAGUUUUGAGCCACUAUAUUAAAACAGCUAAGAAAUUGUAUGAGCUGAAUAAUCUUCAUGCACUUAUGGCAGUUGUGUCUGGCUUACAAAGUGCCCCAAUUUUCAGGUUAACUAAAACAUGGGCGUUAUUAAGUCGAAAAGACAAAACUACCUUUGAAAAAUUAGAGUAUGUAAUGAGUAAAGAAGAUAACUACAAAAGACUCAGAGACUAUAUAAGUAGCUUAAAGAUGACACCUUGCAUUCCCUAUUUAGGUAUCUAUUUGUCAGACUUAACAUACAUUGAUUCAGCAUAUCCAUCAACUGGCAGCAUUCUAGAAAAUGAGCAAAGAACAAAUUUAAUGAAUAAUAUCCUUCGGAUAAUUUCUGAUUUACAGCAGUCCUGUGAAUACGAUAUUCCCAUGUUGCCUCACGUCCAAAAAUACCUGAACUCUGUUCAAUAUAUAGAAGAACUGCAAAAAUUUGUGGAAGAUGAUAAUUACAAGCUCUCAUUAAAGAUAGAACCAGGGACAAGCACACCACGGCCUGCUGCUUCCAGGGAAGAUUUAGUAGGUCCUGAAGUAGGAGCAUCACCACAGAGUGGAAGAAAAAGUAUAGCAGCUGAAGGAGCCUUGCUGCCUCAGACGCCUCCGUCCCCUCGGAACCUGAUUCCACAUGGACACAGGAAGUGCCACAGCUUGGGCUAUAAUUUCAUUCAUAAAAUGAACACAGCAGAGUUUAAGAGUGCAACGUUCCCAAAUGCAGGACCAAGACAUCUGUUAGAUGAUAGCGUCAUGGAGCCUCACGCACCAUCUCGAGGUCAAGCUGAAAGUUCCACUCUUUCUAGUGGAAUAUCAAUAGGUAGCAGUGAUGGUUCUGAACUAAGUGAGGAGACCUCGUGGCCUGCUUUUGAAAGGAACAGAUUAUACCAUUCUCUCGGCCCGGUGACAAGAGUGGCACGAAAUGGCUGUCGAAGCCACAUGAAGGCCAGCAGUUCUGCAGAGUCAGAAGAUUUGGCAGUACAUUUAUAUCCAGGAGCAGUUACUAUUCAAGGUGUUCUCAGGAGGAAGACUUUGUUAAAAGAAGGCAAAAAGCCAACAGUGGCAUCUUGGACAAAAUAUUGGGCAGCCUUGUGUGGAACACAACUUUUUUACUAUGCUGCCAAAUCUCUGAAGGCUACAGAACGCAAACAUUUCAAAUCGACAUCAAAUAAGAAUGUGUCAGUAGUAGGAUGGAUGGUGAUGAUGGCUGAUGACCCAGAACACCCAGACCUCUUCCUGCUGACUGAUUCUGAAAAGGGAAAUUCAUACAAGUUUCAAGCUGGCAGUAGGAUGAAUGCAAUGCUGUGGUUUAAGCAUUUGAGUGCAGCCUGCCAAAGCAACAAACAACAGGUUCCUACAAACUUGAUGACUUUUGAGUAGAAACCUGGGGAAGAAAAGGUGAGCCCUGCUCCUGACUGAAGGGGAACCUGAAGAAAGCGCCAGCUGCAGACCAUCUGUGCCAGGAAGAGCCUGAGGCACCAUCUCAGCCUUGGAGUUCUGAACCAAAAAGCACUAAUUUCAGGGAGUGAAGUGAGAUAUUCCCAGAGAACAAAUUGGAGUUACAAAAUAAACUGCCACGAACUAUGCUUCUUAUCUCUGAACUGACCUGUGGAAACCACUGCCUUAAAAGAAUGAAAGGAAAACCAACAUGAAACACCAAAUAGUGUGUGUGAAUCUUCUGGCGGUGCUGUGCUUGAAAUAGAUCGUAGCUAAUUUGCAUUUCUUUUACCUUUGUACUAAUUUCAGAGGGGGGAAUUAUCUUUUUUAGGUACAGUUUAAAAAAGGAAAAACAAUUCUUAUGGAUUACAUCAGGAGCUGGCUUUGAACUGCAGUGAACAGAUACUUAAACUUAGAAAUGAUACCACCAGCUUCCCCCAGCCCCCACCCCUGGCAAGGUUUGUUCUGCCUCCAGUAAUGCAUUCUCACUUGUUUUCUAACAGCAAGAAUGUAGGAAUUAGAAAUGUUAAUUAUGUAAGUUGUGGGGGUUUGUUUUGGAUGGGAGGUGUUUGUUUUGGACAAAGGGGACAUCUUUUUAAACUUCUGAAUUUAGUGCUGUGUGGGGAACAUUAUUUCCUGCAGGAGGCACAAAAGCCAAGUGUUCAUAAUGCCAGGCAGUUUCUUAAAGUAGGCUCCAGAAGACAUGGUUGGUUGUAACUGGGCUUAAAGUUUAGCUUUACAUGAAUUCAUUGUUGGACUACAGAUCUGCCUAAUAGAGAACUGUAAUCCCAAGCUGAACUUUCCUGAGAAGAUUUUACAGUAACUAGCCUUUUCCGUGAGUUGAUUGAAUUAUCCCUUCUCCCCCAUCACAAAUGGUUUUUAUCAGCAAGGGUGAUAAAAUUGAUAUUUUGCCAGGGUAUUUUGUUUUAUAGUGUUUAAUGUGCAUAUUGCCAGUGUUUUUGUUGUCAUUGUUACAGUUAUUCACUUUUUUUGUUCAAUAUGAGAUUCGAGAUUGUAUUUGUUUAAAAGAUUGUUUGUUUGUGUUUUAUUAUAAGACAAUGAUUUUAA